AUGAGUCGGGGAAAGCUGUUAAAACAAUCGUAUCUAUUCAAAUUACGGGAAAUAUGGAGAUAUUAUUCUUCUGCAGGGGAUCCUACCAAGUUAAUAAAUCUUUGCGAGUUCACUCCGGAUAAAAUCAGAAAUUUCGGAAUCGUGGCUCAUGUUGAUCAUGGAAAGUCAACUCUUGCCGAUCGAUUAUUAGAAUUGUGUGGAGCCGUUCCUCCAGGACAACAGCAAAUGUUGGAUAAAUUACAAGUUGAACGAGAGCGAGGGAUCACUGUGAAAGCUCAAACAGCUGCUUUACGACACAAUGGAUUUCUUCUGAAUUUGAUCGACACUCCUGGUCAUGUAGAUUUUUCAGCAGAGGUAUCUCGAAGCUUAGCAGUUUGCGAUGGGAUUCUUCUUCUCGUUGCUGCCAAUCAGGGAGUUCAAGCGCAAACAAUUGCAAACUUCUGGCUAGCUUUUGAAAAGAACAUUCAAAUUAUACCCGUCAUCAAUAAAAUCGAUCUUCCAGGCGCUGAUAUCAAAUCAGUAGAAACCCAGUUGAAAACCCUGUUUGAGUUCAAUCCUGAAGAGUGUCUUCGUAUUUCUGCAAAGAGCGGGCUCAAUGUAGCAAGAGUUCUAGAUGCAAUUAUUGAGCGGGUUCCAGCACCUAUCGCUAAUAUCGAUGCCCCUUUCCGUUCAAUGAUCUUCGAUUCAUAUUUCGAUCAUUUUCGAGGUGCCAUCGCUCAUAUAAUGGUGAAAGAAGGCUCCGUGAAAAAAGGAGAUAAAAUUCGUUCAUACCAAAAUGAUAAGAUGUAUGAUGUCACUGAAGUAGGAGUGAUGCGACCGGAAAUGGCGAAAUGCACUGAACUGAGAGCAGGACAAGUCGGAUAUUUAGUAUGCAAUAUGAGAACAGUGAAAGAAGCUGUUGUUGGAGAAACUCUUUUCGCCGCGGAAACUGACAAAGAAUCCGUACAAACUUUCGCAAAAAUCAAAGGGGUCCAACCAACAGUUUAUGCUGGUCUGUUCCCAGUGGACACUGCUGAUUAUGAGAGUUUAAAACAAGCUGUUGAGAGACUCUGCCUGAAUGAUUCAUCUGUAACUGUAACUCCAGAUGCAAGUAAAGCACUCGGACUAGGAUGGAGAAUUGGAUUUCUUGGAGUUUUACAUAUGGAAGUUUUCGGAGCUCGCCUUUCGCAAGAAUACGAUGCCAGCGUUAUUUUAUGUCAACCAAGUGUGGAAUAUCGAGCAAAGAUCAAAGAUAAUGAAAGUAUUCGAAAGAAGCGAUACGACGGAAUGAGUGAAAUUCGGAUUUUAGAUCCGAGCAAGUUUCCAGAGGAAAGUGAUGUAGAAACCUUCCUUGAACCAAUGGUAAAAGUUCGAAUGAUUGUUCCCAAUGAAAUGAUGGGUACAGUAAACGGUUUAUGCUCUGAAUGUCGAGGUGAGCGUGGAGAAAUUUCAUCGAUUGACACCAGCCGUCUCAUGAUUUUAUGGAGACUGCCACUUGCUGAGGUAGCUGUUGACUUUUUCGAACGGCUCAAAAAACUAACUAGUGGAUACGCAUCUUUCGAUUAUGAGCCAGAUGGAUGGCAGGAGACUCGAUUAUUGAAACUUUCAAUUUUAAUCAACAGUAAAGAGGUUACCGAGUUCUCACAGAUUUUGCCAGCAGCGAUGGCUCGUGAUCGUGCGAAAACUUUAGUUCAGCGUCUCAAAAGAGAAAUUCCUCGGCAACAGUUCGAAGUCACGAUAAAAGCAUGCGUCGGCUCUUCUACCAAAGCGCUUUCUCAAAUUGUUAUUCAACCAAUGAAACGUGACUUUUCUCAAUUGUUAAAAGGAAAUUUUGGAGGUGGUGGAAUGGAGCGCCUGAACAAAAAAUUGAGUCAUCAAAAGAAAGGAAAGGAAAGAAUGAAGAUGGUUGGAAACGUACAGAUCCCCAAAGAAGCGUUUUUGAAUGUUCUAAAGAAUUAG